UCUGUCCUCUAAGCCGCGCCCAGGACAGGUGAGAAAGAGGCAUUGUUGGAGGGGAGCAGUUUCAUAGACAGGAAGGAGCAAUAUUUUGAUGUUUUUCUGCUUUUACACUUUUUUUUCGGAGGCCGUGCCUUGUGUCACCUUGUCUUGGAACAUUAGACCAACUUUCACCUUCUUCACUCAGAAGCUUUUGAAACGUCCUCGGUGUGUAUUUUCUUUCCACCUCUCGUACACACGCGCCCACUUUUCGUCACCCUGAUGGAGGAGGACGCGCACGGGGCUCGAGUCAAGUGAAAGAGAUAGAUAGAGAGAGAGAGAGAGAGAGAGAGACCACCGCGUGACGUCAUGGAUCAGUUGGAGGCGGGGCAAAGGUUCAGCUCGAGACAAUGACAAUCUUAUCUGACUGGAUCACCAUGGCAACACCCACCCUGCCCCCAGGAUCUGAACCUGGAGGCCACCCUUCAGUUUCUGCCCACCCCGGAUGCCAAAAAGCUGGAGAAGAAUCCAGUGCGUCGCAGGAAGUUGUGGAUCGGUGUUGGCCUGGUGGCAGCAGCCGCCGCUCUGUCUCUGCUGACCGGACUGCUGGUGUGGCGCUUACACCUGCACCGCGAUGUGGCCGUGACACGCGUAUACGUGGGCUCCAUGGCCAUCGCCAACCAGCGCUUCCUGCCGGACUACGAGGACCCUGGCAGCGGGCCGUUCGCCAAGAUGGCGUCUCUCGUCAGCCAACAGCUAAGAGUGAUGUACAACGAAAACACGGUGUUGGGCAAAUACUUCAGACGCACGUCGGUGGAAACCUUCAGUGAUGCCGGCGGUGAUACCGUGACGACGUACUACCACUCCGAGUUUGACAUCCCUGCCUCCCAGCAAGCCUCGGUGGACGCCGCCAUCCAGUCGCUGCAAACGGCAGCAGGAAGUCAACAAAGUCGACAAGGCAGAGUGCUGCUGAAACCCCAGCAUGCGCUCGACGUUGACAGCGUUGUCGCGCGAGCCAUCGAUCCACGGAUGACAUCAUCGUCCUUAUUGGUCAAGAAGUCCUUUAACGUGCAUGUCCAAGAGGGCGGAGUCAUUCAGUCGCCGGGUUUCCCUGAUUCUUCGUACCCGUCCGACAUCUACCUGGAGUGGCGCCUGCGAGCAGACGCUGCCUACCGCGUGCGACUGGAUUUCCAAACGCUGAUCCUGGAGGACGACUGCCAACACGACUUUGUCAAGAUUUACGAUUCGCUAGCGCCCAUUGAGCAGACUGCCAUUGCCGAACAUUGCGGCAUUCCUCACCGUUCUCUGUCCUUCGUGUCGUCAGGGAACGUUAUGUUGGUGACACUAGUCACCAACGAGGCAAAGAACUUUCCAGGCUUCAUAGCCAACUUCUCGCAGGUCGCUUUGGCGCCACCAGCAGACUGUGGAGGACCUCUGAGCGGUGACGUGGGCAUCUUCUCUUCACCAUUCUUCCCGUCUAGCUAUCCUCCUAGGACUGCGUGCGUGUGGAACAUCCAGGUGUCGAAGGGCAAGUUGGUCAAAGUCAAGUUCCGGAAGUUCUACAUCGGAAAUGACUCCAAUGAUUGUUCACGAGAUUACGUGGAAGUCAACGGCCGAAGGCUGUGCGGUGCGAAAGUGGGAAGUACAGCGGUGGCCAGCAGGAGCAACCUGAUGACUGUCAAGUUCAACUCGGACUGGUCAUAUGUGGACCAGGGUUUCUUCGCCGCCUACGAGGCCUUCAUCCCGAGUGACUCGUGUCCGGGAAGGUUCCGUUGCACCAAUGACUUGUGCGUGGACUCCCGUGUGCGCUGUGACAGUGUGGAUGACUGCGGAGAUGCCAGCGACGAGGACGACUGCGGCACCUGCGCUCCCAAUGUAUUCCGCUGCAGGAACGGUCGCUGCGUCUUGUGGACAAUGGUGUGCAACGGCAAAGACGACUGCGCCGACGGGUCCGAUGAGUUCAAAUGCAAAAAAUCGGUCGCCAUGACGACAUGUCCCGACUCCAGCUUCCGCUGCAGAAACGGACACUGUGUAGACAAAGUCAACCCCGAGUGUGACGGCGACGAUGACUGCGAGGACGCGUCUGAUGAGGAAUCCUGCCAGUGUGGUUCGGCGCCAUACCGAAGCUCUCGCAUUGUUGGUGGUGAGGCCGCACAAGAGGGCGAAUUGCCCUGGCAGGUCAGCCUCCACGUGGCGGGGCAGGGUCACGCAUGUGGUGCUUCUGUACUGAGCAGUCGCUGGCUACUGACCGCCGCCCACUGCGUCCAGGACAAGGGUUCAGUCAGGCACUCGCAGGCCGACCAAUGGGAAGCCUUCCUGGGCCAGCACGAGCUGAGCCGUGCCAACGAAUGGACGGUGAGGAGGAAGGUGAUGCGGAUUGUGGCUCACCGCGACUUUGACCAACUCACUUUUGUCAACGACGUGGCGCUGAUGGAGCUGGAAUCGGACGUGCCACUCAAUCAGCACAUUUGGCCCAUCUGCCUGCCCUCCCCUGCGCACCGCUUCCCUGACGGCCAGGAAGCCUGGAUCACCGGCUGGGGAGCCACCAGAGAGGGAGGUGCGGCGGUGAACAUCCUGCAGAAAGCAAAAGUUCACAUCAUCAACAGUUUGGUGUGCAACAAUGCGAUGAACAACGAGGUGAAGGAUGGAAUGUUGUGUGCCGGCGUCCUCAAAGGUGGUGUGGAUGCCUGCCAGGGUGACUCCGGAGGCCCGCUGUCUGUCAUCAGUCCAAGUAGGCGGGUCUUCCUGGCUGGCGUGGUGAGCUGGGGCAAUGGUUGCGCUCGCAGGAACAAGCCAGGCAUCUACACACGAGUGACCCGAUAUCGCAGCUGGAUCAAGGAGCACAGUGGGGUUUAGCCACACCGCUAAUUCUACCACAGGAAAUCUAAGAGAUUCAAGUUAAAGGUGCGCCCUUAUCAUCUACAUAUGAGCAUUUCAACCAAAUAUGCAACAAAUUUUAUCACAGCGUUUUUAAAUAUCCCUAGAAUCUUUAAAACCCAGAGACACAAAACCUUUCAAACAACUUGUUGAGUUUUUGCAGACUUGAAGGACUUUCUGAAGUCUUUAGACUUGUCAAAGAAUAUUUGCAGACUUGUUAGAUUUUCUCGAUACAGAUACUACAGUCUGGAUGAAAAGUCUUGAGACUCAUUGGACUUCCUUAAGAGUCUUCAUUGACCAGUUGAAAAGUCUUUAGAGACUGUUUUUCAAACACUUGUUUGUCUUCACAGAUUUGUUGGAGUUUAUAACGAGUCUUUACAGACUUCUUAGUGUGAACAAUCUUUACAGACUGGUUGAAGCGUUUUUAGAGACUUGUUGAGGACUCUUUAGAGACUAGUUGAACUUACUAGUCUUUACAGCUUGACUUUAUUAAGAGUCUAAUGAUUAGAAGAGUCUUUAGUGACCAGUUGGACUUUUUAGAGUCUUUAGUGGCAGGAGAGUUUUUACAGACUCGUCGGACAUUUGAGCUUAACCGACCUAAAAAGUCUUUACAGACUUGUUGAAGAGUAUUAUGAGAGUGACUUUUCUAAAGACACUUGUUGAACUUGGUGAGGAGUGUAGAUCAUUUUGCAGUGAUGUCGUUUCUUGGUGUAUCAUGUUUUUCUGAGACUUGUUAAAAGAAUUUUACAGACUCUGUCUUUGUAAGUCAGGUGACUUGUAGAGUAUUUGCAGACAAGUUGAAGAGCCUUUACAGAGUUGAGUCUUUACAGAUUAGUUAAAGAGUAUUUAGGACUUGUUGAAGUUUACAGAGACUAGUUUGACUUAAUAGAGUCGACACAGACUUUCUAAAGAGCUUUUAGUGACUUGUUUAAAUCUUUUGACACUAGUUGGACUUUAAAAAAAAAAAAAAAAAAAUAAUCUUCAGUCUCUUUAGCCUUAAUAAACUCAAAACAUACUCUGACUUUCUAAAGUGAGUCUUUACUAGUUUUAGUCGUUACAGACUAGUUGGACUUCAUAAAGUAUCUUUAGAAACUAGUUUAAGUUGUGGUGUCCUUAAGCAAGACACCAAUACCCUGAACUACUCCCCAGGAGCAAAAGUAGCCCAAUGCUCCAGUGUUCACCAUGAAAUGUGUGUUUGCAGAAUUCACUACUGUGAUGGGUUAAAAGCAGAGGUCAGAUCUCGUGAAUAUGCAUACAUGUUAUGACGAUACAAAUUCUUCUUCUUAAGAGUGUUUGGAGCAGGGCCAAGUGUCACCAUACUUUUGAAACUGAGAGCUACUUCUUGAGUAUUGGCAAAUGCAAUGGGCAUACCAGUUACCAUCUUAAUACACACUCCUCAAAUAACAAAUUUGCUCAAUUACCUUUAAUUGUAUGUUAUUAAUGAUUAAUAAUCAUCUAUGUGAAGACACUGAUCAUUUUAAUGAUUUUUCACAAUUCUCAAGUAUCAACAAAGAUUUGAUAAGGGUAGGAAAGAUAUCAAUAUUUGUCACACCAAAAUUAUAACCUAAUUAAAGUACCUUUAUACGAUACUAAAAUGAUACCAUGCCAAAAACAUCACAGAUGACAAACCAUGGAACUUCAAAUUGUUAAUUCUAAAUAAUAUUCGUCAGUUGAGGAUACAAAAGAAAAUCAUCAUAUACUGUAUGUUCCCCCUUGAUAAAAUAAAAUUUAACAAAAAUGA